AUGCCGUCCAUUCUCAGCGAUGCCGAUAAAGAGACUGUGAAGAGAAUUGUUCCCAAGCCGGGCAACAAGAUUCUUGCUGUCGGUGUCGCACGUCUUUACGUCGCCCACCCCAGUUCUCAGAAAUGGACAUACACCGGCCUCCAGGGCGCUGCUGUCCUCGCCAAUGACCUAGUCGGUCACACAUUUUGGCUCAAACUCGUUGAUGUCUCACCCGCGAGUCGUGGAGUGCUCUGGGACCAAGAGAUCUACGAUGGCUUCUAUUAUAACCAAGAUCGGGUUUUCUUUCACACAUUUGAACUUGAAGAGUGCCCAGCGGCUCUUUCAUUUUCGGAUGAAAAAGAGGCAAAAACUUUCUUGAAGAAGAUGCAUGAGCGCGAGAAACACGCCAGCAAGGAAACCAAAGCCACCCCGUUUGCCUCGAGUCGCGGACAAGGACCGGCGCCUGUAUCUAACGGAAAGCAUGGCCGUUCACUUUUCAGCGGUCUACUCGGCAGAAGUUCAUCAGCUGCAACACCGUCCGCACCACCGCCACCUCCUCCCCCAGUUGCGGCUCCGGUACAGCCUCCUCCUGCGCCUGCGCCCGCUAUAGUACACCAAGAAACUUCCUCAUUAGAUCUUACGGAUCCGGAAAUACAAGGGGUCUUAGCAGAACUGCGACAAAUGGGAAUUACCGAAGCACAAAUAAAGGACAAUGAGGGAUUCAUAAGAUCCUACAUUCAAAACCAGGCUACUGAAAGCGCUGCCAAAACAUCUCCUUCAAUAGAAGACCAAAGAAAAGUGAAAGCGCCUCCGCCUCCUCCGCCCGCUGCGGCACCGCAACCCAAGGUUGCUGCAAUUAGCCCUCAAAAUACUGGUGGUAGUACUGGGAAACGUGGUCCCCCUCCCCCGCCGCCGUCGCGCAGACGAGUAGAUGUUUCUCCAGCUGCCCAAGAACCGGAGGCCCCUGCACCUGCGCCUCCUCGUGAGCCAUCACCACCUCGCCCAAGAUUUCGAGCGCCGCCUCCCAUUGCGGACGCCGGAAAGUUUGCCGAACCUGUGACUGCACCUGGCAGGCCUCGCGCUUCAUCUAAUGUAAUAAGCGGUCCUCAUCCUCCCCCACGACCUCCAAAGACACCAAUGGAUGAAGCCCCAUCGCCUCCACCUCUGCCUAGAAGUCAUGGUGUACCCCCUCCUUUCCAGGGAGAAAGGAAGGUUUCUGCGCCGCCAGUACCAAGUCGAGCGAGCCCGGGGCAUGCACCACCACCUCCACCACCUCGAGAAACUACUCCACAGCUUCCACCAAAAGUUCCUCACACGCAUGUCCCAUCUCCUGUCCCUCCACCUCCUCCGGUACGCGGAUCUGCUCCUCCACUUCCUCCACCAAAUGCUCGCCCCGUACCUCCCCCUCCUCCUCCACCACCUGGCCCUCCUCAAUCACUGCCACCUCGAAUACCAAUAUCUUCUACAUCUGGUGCUCCGUCGGUCCCACCGCCUCCUCCGCCUCCGCCUCCUGGUGGUCAUCCCUCUGCUAUCCCUCCACCUCCGCCACCUCCGCCAGCUCCCAGUGGCCCUCCUGGCCCUCCUCCCCCGCCUCCCCCGCCUCCAGGAGGCCCAAGUGCAGCACCGCCCCCGCCCCCGCCUCCCGGUGGUGCAGCACGGCCUUCUCUGCCUUCUGGCGGUGGUGGUGGCCGAGACGAUCUGCUUGCAGCUAUUCGGGCUUCGGGAGGUCAAGGUGGUGGUGGACUGCGAAAAGUUAGCGCUUCAGAAAAAAGAGAUCGGAGCGCUGCGAUGGUUCCUGGAGGAGCAAAUGAUACUCCAGCUGCAUCGACUCCCAGCGCUACACCUGGUGGUAGCUUAGCAGACGCUCUACGAGGUGCCCUAGACAAGCGAAAGCAGGUAGUUAGCGGCAGCGAUGAUGAAAAAGAAGACGAUGACAACUGGGAUUGA